AUGCCUUCACCCCAUUCAGCCCUGGAAGCAAGGUGCCUGGGAUCCGAGGGCAGGCUGGCUCACAAGCUGUUCCGGGACCUCUUUGCCAACUACACAAAUGCCCUGAGACCUGUGGCAGACACAGACCAGACUCUGAACGUGACCCUGGAGGUAACAUUGUCCCAGAUCAUCGACAUGGAUGAGAGGAACCAGGUACUGACGCUGUACCUAUGGAUCCGACAGGAGUGGACAGAUGCCUUCCUGAGAUGGGACCCUGAGGCCUACGGUGGCCUGGAUGCCAUCCGCAUCCCCAGCAGUUUUGUGUGGCGGCCAGACAUCGUGCUCUAUAACAAAGCGGACACGCAGCCUCCGGCCUCAGCCAGCACCAACGUGGUGCUGCGGCACGACGGCGCGGUGCGCUGGGAUGCGCCGGCCAUCACGCGCAGCUCGUGCCGCGUGGACGUCUCGGCCUUCCCGUUCGACGCGCAGCGCUGCGGCCUGACGUUCGGCUCGUGGACGCAUGGCGGGCACCAGCUGGACGUGCGGCCGCGCGGCGCCGCCGCGGGCCUGGCGGACUUCGUGGACAACGUGGAGUGGCGCGUGCUGGGCAUGCCGGCGCGGCGGCGCGUGCUCACCUACGGCUGCUGCUCCGAGCCCUACCCCGACGUGACCUUCACGCUGCUGCUGCGCCGCCGCGCCGCCGCCUACGUGUGCAACCUGCUGCUGCCCUGCGUGCUCAUCUCGCUGCUCGCGCCGCUCGCCUUCCACCUGCCCGCCGACUCCGGCGAGAAGGUGUCGCUCGGCGUCACCGUGCUGCUGGCGCUCACCGUCUUUCAGCUGCUGCUGGCCGAGAGCAUGCCGCCGGCUGAGAGCGUGCCGCUCAUCGGGAAGUACUAUAUGGCUACUAUGACCAUGGUCACAUUCUCUACAGCACUCACCAUCCUCAUCAUGAACCUGCAUUACUGUGGCCCCAGUGUCCGCCCUGUGCCAGCCUGGGCUCAGGCCCUCCUGCUGGGACACCUGGCACGGAGCCUGUGCGUGCGGGAACGGGGAGAGUCCUGCGGGCAUCCCAGGCCACCAGAGCCGCUCCCCAGCCCCCAGCCUCCUGAGGGAGGAGCUGGCCCCCCAAAAGGCCCUUGCCAUGAGCCGCAGUGUCUGUGCCACCAGGAAGCUCUACUGCAUCACGUAGCCACCAUUGCCAACACGUUCCGCAGCCACCGGGCUGCCCAGCGCCGCCAUGAGGACUGGAAACGCCUGGCCCGGGUGAUGGACCGCUUCUUCCUGGGCAUCUUCUUCUCCAUGGCUCUGGUCAUGAGCCUCUUGGUGCUGGUGCAGGCCCUGUGAGGGGCUGGGAUUGGGGCCCAGGGAUCUGCUGUGGCCACAGCACCUCCAGGCAGGGAUGGCAAAUUCCAUGGUGGUUGUUAGCCUUCAGACAGGCCAGCCAGUGUCUCCCCACUUUGCCCAGGAGCCUGGGACACCCUCCCUUCAGGGUUAGCACUACUGACUUCACCAACCAUGAGGGAGCAUUUGUUGGCUACCUACCCUAAUCUCUAAAAGAAGUCAAGAGCACUUCCUCUACCCUAAUUCCUAAAGAGGAGGAAACUCUAAGAAGGGUCAAAAUCAAAGUAGUCUUGGAAGGACAGAGUUGAAUAUCCAUGCUGGGUGUUGGAGCUUUUAGUGGGGAAAGUACAGACUAUUACAUAAGGACAGAACUGCUCUAGUUUCUCUCUUCUCAUCCUUCCCAGGCAUCUGCUGUUAUAGAGACUAGGUCUUGCCUAGCCCUGCCUAGGAGCUCAGGGAAGGGGGCUGGGAUUCCUGGUCUAGUUUCCAGAGCAGAAGACCAUACAGAGAUUUGGCACCCAAGCCCCA